UGGAGAGGUUGCGGCGUGCUGGUCCAGGAUAGAAGAAGAGCCGGGCCGUUCACCCAGUUCUCCCAGUUCUCCACAUCCGUCCUCUAACGGGCCGGAGCAGCACCGCGGCACUGUGAGCAUCCCCUCAUCAGAUCCACCCCCGACAUGGACUUCUCCAUCCGCGCGGCCAACCUGGACGACUGCAAGGACAUCGCGCGGAUGAUCAUGGAACUGGCAGAAUAUGAGAAAGCGUCAGACCAUGUGAAAGUCACCCAGAAAGACUUGGAGCAAGAUGGCUUUUCCAAGAACCCGUUCUUUCAUGGGAUCAUCGCUGAGGUGCCAGAACAGCACAGGACCAGAGAAGGCCACACAAAGAUCGGCUAUGCACUUUACUUCUAUUCCUAUAGUUCGUUUGUCGGCAGAUCCAUUUAUAUGGAGGACUUGUACGUGAUGCCUGAGUUCAGAGGAAAGGGCGUUGGUAAAGCACUGAUGAGCAAGGUGGCACAGCUGGCUCUGGCUGCCGGCUGCCACCAGCUCAACUUCACCGUCCUGGACUGGAACAAACCAUCUAUGGACUUCUACCUCAGCCAGGGCUGCUUCAAUGUCACCUCCAGCCUGGGCUACCACUGCAUGCGCUGCGAGGGGGAGGCGCUAGAGCACCUGGCUCAGCCUUAACCCAAGCCUCGUGACCUUGUGGCCUUUGCAGCCACGAGGUCAGCCCACACACUGCAGGGAUGGACGCCACUCAGCGGCCUCUUUCCAAAACUUGACAAACUGACUUUUUUUCACUGUUUGCUAACCCCUGCCUCCUUUAACUACAACAUUCAAACAUUAAAGCCCUUCAGAGAUGUGUGGCAUUCAUCAGUGUUGAAGGUCACAUACUUGUUGCUAACUAGCUCCUACCUUAAUGACUAUUUAAAGAAACAUGCCCCUACUACAUUAUACACAUUUUGCCUCUCAGACAGUGGAUGUUCCAGUCCUGAGAGGACUAAUAAUGUGUGUAAUACCACAGAAUAAAACAGCCAGCUAGUGAUAUGAAGUCCUCAUGAACACUAAAUAUGAUGCACAUUGUAGAUAGUGUCUUCCACAUUUAGUAGCUAUAGAAUAGAAGAAGAAGAAGAAGAAGAAGAAGAAACAGCCUUUAUUGUCCCACAGAGGGGAAAUUUGGGUGUAACAG